AUGUUCUUCAAACGGAGCGACGCUCGCAAAGCGUCCACUAAUUCGAACUCUGACUCCUCGUCCACGUCUUCAGAGUCGUUGUCGCUGCAACUGAUCGGAAAGAAAGCUGGAGGAGCCUCUCGGAAAGGAUCUGUCCACCGACAAAGUGGCAAGAAAGGUACGAAAGGGGCUGGGAUCAGCGUGAACUCGAAAACCGUUCUUUACGUUACGUGAAGAUUCAUUCCAGCACGACGCAAGAUGAUGGAGAAUCCGUACUUGUGCACUUCGGAGCUGGAUGAGCUCUCCGCCGACGACUCGAUUAUCGACUACUCGGUGUUCAGCGACGACUCCUUCCUCCUCAUCCUCCUCCUCACCUCGAAAGGCGACGUGCAAGCGUAUCUGGAGACGAGCCGCGACACGAAGCCACGAAAGAAUGUGGUCAGCAUCAAGACGGCCUGCCAAAUCAACGUCGACCCAGUCACCGUUUGCAUUGGUGCGUCGGGGGAAAGAGGGAAAGUUCUGCACUGAAAUGAAAUCCGAUAGCACCCUCGGAUGGACAAUAACAAAAUCUAAUUUUCAGGCAGUCAAGCAGCAUUCGUCGUUUUCAGUCUCGCAGACGGUAACCUUCUGGUCACGCCUAUCAAGAUUUUGAUUGUGAGUGUUUGAUUGUGAAAGAAUCGAAAUACAUGUGUCGGCGAUGUCGAAAAAACAGAAGCCAAAGACAACAAAAGAGUCAUGUGUUCAUUGUUACCGCAUUACAUUGAUAAAUCACUAUCAAAAGUGUUCCUUAUGUCUCUUUUCUCCUAGGACGUGACGUGGGGCGGCUCCUCUUGGGCAACCACGACCGUCAUCGAUCUGAGCCUUCCGUCGGUGGAUCCUUGCCUCGCGACCCCCACGUGCACCAAGUGCUUCGUCUCCAACUUCCCCCCGUGCACUAUGGCUGUGGUGGCGAACAAAGUGAGUUUUGUGCUUCCUCCCCGCAGAGCAUCCAUUCAUCUUCCUCCUCGCGCCCAAUCGUUAUCAUCGCCGAAUGACCAGUCGGUGAGAGAGAAAGUGGGAGAUAUUGUUGUGAAUGCUCUUUGGCGGCCACGAAACGAACGUUUCCAGAAAGUAAAACGUCAGCUGACGUGGUGCGUGUAUAAUGGAAAACAUUGACAAUGAGAAAAGCAUAACACGAACGACUUUCAGGCGGGGAACAUCCUUCUCGUCGAUCUACACCUCCGGAAAUGCGUGUCCGAACUGAAAGCGCCGCAGAGUUUGCAUCAGGUCGACGUGCUGUUGGACGAGAACUCAAUCGAACUGCUCGUGACGGGAUUCACAGGCGCGCAGUGGAUCAUUCCGAUCGAACGGUGUGGGAAGGGGUUCCGGGAAGUGCUCACGACAUGCGUUCCGUCGGAUUUGACUGUGGUGGGUAGCAGAUUUGAAGCAAUCUCCAUGCAAACAAGAGUUAUUCCUAAACGUGUUGGUCCUUCGGAGGAAAAAUUUUCUGAAGUCUUGUUCCGAAAAUUCAUUUCCGUCUGGAGCACUCUUGAAUUAGUGCGACUGAACUUGCACCCGUUUGAACCAUAGUUAUCCCCCAUUCAGACGUUUUCCGUAAUGGAGUGUUGCGAAUCAUGGCAGGUUUGUCCUUCCCGUGUACCCCACGUCCACAUGUCAUCUUGUGUGCUUUGUGAUAUGGCUUUCAUGAAUAAUAGUUGGCUGAAAUGCGCUUCUCUCUCACUUUAUUACCUCAAUACUUUCGUUUUUCAGCUCGAACCGGCCACAAUGCAGUUCUUCGCCGCUGAUUCGUGCGGAGUCGUGGCUCUGGAUACGGCCGAGUCCAUCGUGGAAGUGUACAACACGUUCCAUUCGCUGACGCACUCCUCCAAACGAACCUUCAAAGUGCCGCCGGAGACCUGGAUGGUGCACGCGGGAGACAACAUUCUGUUCACGGUGUCGGACGGGAACGAACUGAGGAGUGCCCUUCACUUUGGAGUGAGUGCGACCACGGAACUCUCUGGAACUGUACGGUUUUCAGUUCGUGUCGGCUCGUCUUGAGUACACUCUCCUCCGAACUUCCACCGAAUGGCGGCCGCUCGGAAUAGUGGCGAUGCCGCCGCGACCGCACAAAUUAGCCGGAAUAUUCGUCGUCAACGAGCGCGGUCUCGUCCGUGUCGAACAGUCGUCCGCUUUGUGAGUCUCCUCUCUUUUUGGCCACUCGCAUUGCUUUUUUCUAUUGACGAUCAUAACCCCGCUCUUUUUGCUUUUUGAUAGCGUGUCGAGCCACACGGGCCUCUGGGAAUUGAUAUCCCUCAAUUGUUCAACACAUCAAAUCGACUCGUCGUCCAUCCUCUCUUCCUCGUUCUCUCUCUUUUUUUUUUCUCACUCACAAACGACGGAUAAUGUGUGUCUGCUGCUGCUGCCGAAUCAGAAUCAAUGAACCGUAAUCGGAUGACACCACCAUAUUUGCACAGUUGAGAAAAAGGAGAGGACCGCCGCAGACCUCCCAUCUGCCGUCCGGAGACUUCUCCCUUUGCAUUGUUUAGAAACGAGAAGGGCAACCCAUCCCGGCCCUGCCGCCCGACCGCCGCCGCCGGUUGUUCUUUCUUUUCUUCCGAGUCACACUCUCAAGUUUCGUGAUGAUUUCUGGUGACCUGGAGUGUGCGGGUCCCUCCCCCCUCCCGCUCUCAAUCAUCCCAGUUCCGUUUCUCUCCUGAUCACAUUCUCGCUCUUCGAUUCACUUUUGAAAUCACACUGAAAGAUGGGUCAUAUGAAAGUUUUUCACUUUGUUGAAUCAAGAAUGCCAGACCGCCUGUUUUCGCGUUUGUGUUUGAAGUGUUUUCCCGUCCGACUGAUAUGUGAAACCAUUCGAUUUGCCCCGUCGCAACCCUCUCUCUCUCUCUCUCUUUCUUUUCGUCUCUGGAAGCAGCUGUGUUCCAUCCAAGAGCCGAGGAAAAGUGAUUGCGACAGAAGAGAAGGAAUGAUUCCGCUUUGUUAGUAAGCGAUUUCUGCCAGUUUCAACUAGAAUCCUACAUGAAAAGACAUCCACCUCAUUAGUUUUCAUGUGUGAUUCCCUCCAUAUUUCUCUCUCUCUCUCAUCUAAUAGCACACAGAUGCCGCUCUUCCAAACAUCCUAUUCACAUCCAACUUCCGCUCAGCUUCUUCCUUUUUUUCUUGCGCUCUUUUACCCGCCAUCGCAGUUUUCAUAAACUGAUGGCAUCCAGCUGCAACUCGUUUGUUUUGAGAGUCGAACGUCUGUCCGCCCGUCGGCAGGUGUCCUCAUUCCUACGCGUAUUUCCUGCCGCUCCUGCGCCCAGACUCUUUUUCUUUGUAAUUUUUUAGCCAUUAUUCCAGAAGUCUCACGAAGAUCGCCUCCGAGUUCUUCUUCCGGCUCUCCCCUCUUCAACUCAACACAAAGUCGGUGGCACAGAUCGCAAAUGCGUGCAGAAUUGACACAGCUGAGCUGCAAUCCGCACUGAUUCCAAAUCUGCUAAGUACGCGCAAGAACCGACUGUUGACAAACAAGGAGCUGGCGCAGAUUUAUUCGAUCGCCAAGGCAAUAAAUGUAAUUCCUGUGUUCCCCGAAAAAAGUUUCAUAAUUGCAUCUCCAGCUCUCGAUGGCCGACCUACUCAGGACGUUCGAGAAUGAAUCGAUCGGCGAGCAACUGCUUCCCGAGGUGAGUGCUGACAGCCUCCCCUUUCCUACUCCUCCAACCCAAAAAAACAAUCUUUAUUCGUGCGAGUUCAGGUGCUCAACACGAUCCAAGCGAAUCCGGCGAAGCACGACCAUCUGAUGCAGAGAGUCGUCGAAAUGUUUGUGAAGAGAGCCAUCUCGGCAGAAGGAAAUAUGGACAAAAUUCGAGAGUACGACGCCGAACUAUCGUAAGUUCCUCCUGGCUCACGCUCGGCUACCUUUUGAAUCUCACGAAUCCUUUAGAAACUUCCUGGCUCGACACGAACACCUCCACAAGGGCGCCGUUGACUGUGCGAAGGUGGGACUGUGGAAGUGUACUCAGACGCUCGUUCGGAGAGACAUUCACGAGACGAAGUCGAUCGCGGUGUGUGCAGAAGUACUCUCGCUCAUUGUCAGGAAUGGAAUUCAAAUAUGGAAGACGCUCAAUUCGACUGACAGAUUACAAGUAAGCACUGUAAACUCGACUGUUCUGAACUUGUCAAUUCAGGUCAUGUCUCUCGUGUGCCACUUGGAUUGGACGAAUUUGUCCGAUGCAGACGGCGCUCGCAUCUGCGCGCUUCUCUCCGCCUGGCAACGGGACAUCAGUCUGCCCUCGUACCACGAGAUGUGUCUCCGAGUGGCCAUCUCCAACUCGGACCGAUUUCCUCGUCCGUGCCAGAUCCUCUCGAUCGUCUCCUCUGUUCAUGUCUUGGCCGAGAAAAGAACCGCUCAUCCCUCAUUCUUGCCCGACUUUCAACCGCUUUCCGGAGGCAACAAUUGUGGAGCGGCCAUAACCGAAGACGACCGGCUUAUGAUUUGGGGAAACUUCACGAAUGCGCAGCAGAAACUCGAAAUACCACGUCAGUCUUGAAAGUGUAUCUGUUCAUAUUUCAAAAGCAAAACUGCAGAACUGAAUGCGAAAACGAAACGAACGGAUUCGGUGACGAACGGAAUGACGGUCCCUCCCACGUAUCACGCUCAGAAGCCCGAACAAGUAAGAAACGAGAGCACAUCAUUCCUCAUCUCUGCCGAUUUAUUCGAUGUUCCAGCAACUUCCUCGUGUUCUCGAGUACCCUGGAGGACGGCCGAGAGCCAUUGCGUGCGGAGCUGAGCACGUGCUCGUUCUUUCCGCUUCCGGACAGCUAUCCGCGUGGGGAGGCAACCGAUACGGACAAUGCGGAGUCGGGCACUCUUUCCGGUUAGCCAAUCUACAGGUCUACAAUAAAUUAACUCGAAAAUCAUAAUCCCAACGUUAUUCUUUUCAGCAAGUCGAUGGAGAUUGGCCGCCAAUUGCGAAGAUCGCCUGUGGUCAGUUCCAUUCCGCGUUCAUCUGCUCGGACGGAUCCCUCUGGACAUUCGGGUGGGCCGUUUGGGGCCAGCUAGGACAGGGCGGCCGAAAGAAUUGCAAUCUUCUCACACCGACCAAAGUGAACGGACUGAUAUCGAAAGUGACGCAAGUUGCGUGCGGCAGAGCGCACACUGUCGUUCUGACGGACAACGGAAGAGUCUUGGUGUGUGGAUCUGGAACCUACGGACAACUGGGAAUCGACGAAGAAGUCAAGAAGGUGUUCUCGUUCUCUCCACUCCCGAUAGGGCCUUUGAAGGUCAAACUCAUUGCCACUCACUAUUAUCAUUCGAUUUGUGUGACGGAAGACAAUCGCAUAUUCGAAUGGGGCCGAAAUCCGCAGGAGUUGAAGAUGCGAAUGUUUGUGAUGAAGAAGAUUCGGAGUGCUAACCUGAAGAACUCGGAAGAUCCGAACUCGCCAUCGCCAUCUUCGGACAGACAAUCCACGCCACGUGUCAAUCUGCAUUUGCCUGCCGAGAUUCCGAGGGACGAUCUUGGUCUUCGGGAGGUGAAGCAUUUCCUGGACGGACACGUCGUGAAAGUGGCGUGCGGACUGUCGCACACGGCCCUGAUCACAACGGAAGGAUCGCUGUACACGUGGGGAAAAGGACUCGAUUAUCAACUCGGACACGGCAACAAGAACGAACGAAUAGAGCCACAUGAGGUGUUCGAGCCGAACGGUGUUCAGUGGAUUACCAUCUCUCUCGGUCAGUUUCGAUAGAUUAAGCAGCAAACAGACAAAUUUAUUUUCAGGAAACAAUCAUUCGAUUGGAUCGACAGCAGACGGAACUGUUUAUGCGUGGGGGAAAAACGAUUUCGGGCAGUGCGGAGUGGUGACGAAAAAGAAUGGAAGCAACGGCGAAGCGCAGAAAAAGUUCUACUUCCAAGCGAGAGACGGACGACGAUUCAUGCCGAACGUCGACGAAAGCAUGUUUGUCCAGAAGCCCGCGCCCAUUCCAGACGUGAGUGUGAGAACGACCAAUGACAUGGGGACGGAAGGCGUGGACGAAAAUGAGCUUGUCAAUCGGCUCAAGGAUUCGGACAUCACCGUCGUGCAAGCAGUCUCGAAACACUUGUGCAAUCUGGUCGAGGAAAAGAAGAACGGAACAAUCGAGGAGGAGAACGAAUCGGAAGAGGACCCGCUGCAGAAGACGUACGACGGAGAAGACGGACCAUUGUGCACGACGACAGCACUCGUUCAUCUGAUGGCCGGUGAAGUGGAAAGAGCGAUUCGGAUGAUUAAAUGGCUAAAAAAGGACGGCGGGACGAGUGAAAAGUCGCUGCUCGCAUUGUCCUCGCUCAUCUGGGAAGUGAUUGCGAACCAUGAAGACGUGCAGUCCCGAGAAGCACUCUCCGCCGCAUUUCGUCACGUUCCGAUGUCCGAUUCGAUGCGGAAAGGAAAGCAAAUUGCGCAGCUCUGGCCGGCUGUUUGGAACGACGAACGGGUGCAGAGCUCGCUGAGCAUCGACGAGAAGAUUGCGAUGCUCGACGGAUUCACCAGUGCUUCGAGGCCCAGCAACUGUCCUACGGUACCUCUCUUUAUAAAAUCGUGCGUAUUUUCAUUCGUUCCUUUGCAGAUCCCAUCCUCGUCUCUAGAAAUGUCGUCGAAGAUCCGAGUGUACGCUCAAUGUGCUCACGCGGAGCCCGCAGUCGUCGGCUCUCCACCAGAAUGCGCGACUUGCGUCGACGAAUGGACUGAGAAGGUCCGACACACCCUCGGCGCCUCCCUGUAG